GGAUUACGAAUCAUGAGCCCCACUUCCAAGAAUCGAAAACCCGCGUAUAACAUAGAAAGACACGGGAUCGAGUAUCAUAUAAAAAUUCUUACAAAAAUCUGGAUUAUCUUUUAUAGAUCAUCGGUUGCCUUCCAUGUCUGACUCGUAAGUCACCGCAGCCGUCGUAGGCAGCUCCGGACUCCGCCCACCCCAGGUCUAAACCCUCUCACGUGUUUAUGCUAUCUUACGCAUGUAGAUCAGAACUUGGAUGGUUCUGAUCGCAAGACCAUCUAUACAUGUGGGCCCAAAUGGGCUAGCAACGUGCCAGUCAUUCUGAGUCACAACAAAGUUAUGAUAUCUCAUAUCUUUAGCAGAAAAUGUGGCACAUCUUCGCAGGGAAUAGAGUCUAUUCAAAGAUCUGUUGGAGUGUGCGUGAUCUGUUGAGUUAGCCAAUGAGACUAACUCAAGGAAGGAUGGAGUUGGUUUAUGCGUUUUUCGUGUUGGCUUCUUUGAAUUCUUUCGGGUCAUCUGAUUAUCAAGGAACGGCGUUGAAACAGUUCCAGACUUCGUUAAAUGCCUCUGAUAGUCAACUCCCAAAUUGGCUUCAAAAUCAAGUUGAUCCAUGCACUUGGGUCUCUGUUAAAUGCAACGAUCAUUCUCAGGUCAUUGCAGUAUCAUUGCCUUCCAAGGGAUUCACCGGAACCUUGUCACCCAGUAUUGUAGUUUUGAAGACUCUCACUGAGCUGGGGUUGAAAGAUAACAACAUAACAGGCAGGAUACCAAAAGAUUUCGGGAACUUGACAAGCCUUACAACCUUGGAUUUGGAAUCUAACCGUUUAAGUGGAGAGAUACCACCUUCCCUUGGCGAUCUUACAAAUCUUAAAUUCUUGAUUUUGAGUCAUAAUAAUCUCAAUGGAACUAUUCCGGACUCUGUUUUGAAUCUUCCAAACUUGAUCAGCCUUCAGCUGGCUUCCAAUAAUCUCAGUGGUCAGAUACCUGAUCGUUUCUUUCAAAAAAUCUCCAAAUACAAUUUUACAGGAAAUAAUUUGAAUUGCGGGACUAAUUUUCCACACCCUUGUGCAUCUGAUGCUUCUCAUCAAGGUGGAAAUAAAUCAAAGAUUGGAAUUAUAUUUGGAGGUAUUGGAGGCGCAACAGCACUCUUCCUGUGCAGCACUGUCGUGUUUAUGCUGUGGAAACGUAGGCCUAAAGGCCACCGGUGUGAUGUUUUUGAGGAUGUUGCAGGGGAAGAUGAUCAUAUAAUUGAAUUUGGGCAAUUGAAAAGAUUUUCGUGGCGAGAACUGCAAGUAUCUACUGAUAACUUCAGUGAGGAAAACGUUCUUGGACAGGGAGGCUUUGGGAAGGUAUAUAAAGGUGUCCUUGCAGAUGGUACAGAAAUAGCAGUGAAACGGUUGACCAAUUAUCAAACUCCUGGUGGAGAGGCAGCUUUUCUACGUGAAGUUGAGAUGAUAAGCGUAGCGGUUCACAAAAACCUUUUAAGGCUGAUAGGGUUUUGUACAACACCAUCAGAACGGCUUCUUGUUUAUCCUUUUAUGCAAAACCUAAGCGUUGCCUCUCGCUUACGAGAUGUUAAACCUGGAGAGCCAGCAUUAGAUUGGCCUACUCGAAAGCGAGUGGCAUUAGGCACAUCUCGUGGAUUAGAGUACCUUCAUGAACACUGCAAUCCAAAGAUUAUCCAUCGCGAUGUUAAAGCUGCUAAUAUUUUACUGGAUGAAGAUUUCGAAGCAGUUGUUGGGGACUUUGGUCUUGCAAAAUUGGUGGAUGUCAGAAAGACUAAUGUCACCACCCAAGUUCGUGGUACUAUGGGUCAUAUAGCGCCUGAAUAUUUAUCCACCGGGAGGUCAUCAGAGAGGACUGACGUUUUUGGUUAUGGGAUUAUGCUUCUAGAACUUGUGACAGGACGGCGUGCAAUAGACUUUUCAGAUGAAGAAGAUGUAUUGUUGCUUGAUCAUGUGAAGAAGAUGGAGAGGGAGAAACAAUUGAAUUCUAUUGUAGAUGGAAACCUAAAACAGAACUAUGACAGUCAUGAGGCAGAGAUGAUGAUCCGGGUUGCUUUGCUUUGCACCCAAGCAUCACCUGAGGACCGUCCGACGAUGUCAGAGGUAGUCCGGAUGCUAGAAGGGGAGGGGCUAGCCGAGCGGUGGCGGGAGUGGCAGCAGGUUGAAGUCACACGUAGGCAGGAUUACGAGCGGAUACAGCAGAGAUUCCAUUGGGGUGAGGAUUCAAUGUACAACCCGGAGGCUGUCGAAUUGUCUGGCGGAAGGUAGCUGAAGAAAUCUAGACAAUCUGGCCCAAGUUUAAAUCUAGAGAAAGGGAAAGGUAUGUAUCAUUUGUUGGUAAUACUAAGGUUGUUGAAAGCAAAAGCCUUGAUGGGUCACGUUAGAGUACUCUUAUAGUGGGUUUGAUGAAAGCGGCUUGUAUUUGGAUUUGUUUGUUAUAAUACAAAUUCCACGUUCCCAACCCUUGUCACUGA